UCCUGUCUACUUUAUAUUUGUUGGGGCUUUGUCACUUCAUCAUAUUCCCCAAUCGUCCGGCGGCCGAGAACCUCAUCACAACCACUGCUCCGCUAUGGCGUCAGAGAAGAAGCUGUCUAAUCCGGUGAGAGAGAUCAAAGUACAGAAGCUUGUCCUCAACAUCUCCGUUGGCGAGAGUGGAGAUCGUCUUACCAGAGCCGCUAGGAUUUUAGAGCAACUCAGUGGCCAAUCUCUUUUUUUCUCUAAGGCUGACUGUUGCUGAGGCAUCCCAGGAAAUAAGUUUAAAGAUGGAAGGGUUUAGGAAGCUGCAGAAGUAACAUAUUGCAGUGCAUUGUGCAUUGAAAAAACCCAUGCCAUCAAACUUCCCAGAUAGAAAAGCAAGGAAAGAGUUAGCUAAGCUGCCAACAUUUCUAGGACAGAGCAUUCAGAAAAACAUAAAACCCAGUCUUAAGAAUUCUUGAAGUUCAAAAUCAGGACGCAAUGAUUGGGAGCACUGAUGAACGAACCACGAGUUCAUCCGACUGUUGGAAAAUCAUUCACAUUCCAGACAAGCCUCCCAUUCCUCCUGACAACCAACCCACCAUCAAUGUGCAUGCUGCUGCAAUUGAACCUCGACAUGCCAAUACUAUAGUAAGGAAGUUAAAUCAGAUUGCGCCGCUAGAAAAUCUCCGUCAUGUGAAGCGUGUGCACAAGAGGUGUAUGGGUGGAGGAAAAUUUGAAUUGUUUGUGGUUUUAUGUAUGGCUUUGGAAAAUGAUGGCAAGUGCAACCAUAUGCCAGAGGAAGUUCUUCAGCUCGUAAAUUUGUACAAUUUAAGUACUUUCAUCACAAAAGUAUGCAGAUAUGCUGCAUCAACAAAGGAAGAAUGGGAAGGACAAUGCAAGCUAUGGCCAACUUCUUUCCAUCCACCCACCUACAAUAUUGAUGGAAUAACUGGAUUUAGUGAGGAGGAUUCACAGUCAAUUUUCCGCUUCAUGAAGUUUGCAGUUGGUUUGGCAAAAUCUGGUAUUGGCUCAGUUGUCAAUGCUGCUGUAAUUGUGGAUCCUUCAACGAUGCAAGUUAUUGCAAGCUCACGAGACCAAGUCCUGUCUUGUAAUACUCCCAUAAAAAGGAGCAAUGGAGAAACAUGUUGCUCAAGGCUUCCAGAAGCAAUUCAACAUGACACCAUUGAAACAGAAGAUCGCCCAUCCUUGCUUUCAAAAUGUUUGUCCAUUAAUGCGCUUACAUAUAGUCGUGUUUCUUGUUUAAAUCCUUGGAGCUGGCUUGAACAAAAAUUACAUGCAAGUUCUGGUUCUUGGCAUCCUUUACAACAUGCAGCAAUUGUUGCAAUUGAAAAUUCUGCUGCGAGGGACAGGCAUCUUUUUUCGGGAGAUGAACGCAUAGCAGAUGAAUUUGUUCAUGAGGACUAUAAGAUGUCGUCUCCAACAUGUUCUCUGAAAAGACAAAAGAUCAACCUUGUAAAUGUUAACGAUGAUGAGAAUGUGAAAUUCCAGAAAAAUGAUCUUCGUUUCGACUCAACCAGACCUUAUUUAUGCACUGGUUAUGACAUUUACCUUGUGUGGGAGCCAUGCACAAUGUGUGCAAUGGCACUCGUGCAUCAACGAAUUAGACGUAUAUUUUAUGCAUUUCCGAAUUCAAGUGACGGUGCUCUGGGAAGUGUUCACAGGUUACAGGGGGAGAAAAGCUUGAACCAUCAUUAUGCUGUUUUUAGGGUCUUGAUUCCUGAAGAUGUCCUAAAAAGUGAAGCAUUAUUUGCAAUAGGUGCUGAGAAUUGUUAAACUGCAGUUCAGGUUUUCUAGUUGUUCCUAGAGUUUUAGGAAAGUGAAUAUUUUUUUGCUGGGAAGGAUAAUUUUCUAACUCAACGGUUUUUUGAGGAAUACUUGUAAUUCAAGAAGGAUAUAUUCACUAGAAUUCAAUCACUUGUGUGCCAUCCUUGUAGGAAUAUGGGCUGUUACAAGAAGCUGCCAAGGUGACGGGAAUUGAAACUGAGAAUCAAUUGAAGACUGGAAAUAAAACAGAUUUUGAUUUAGUUUUUUCUUUU